AAUUUAUCCGCGAAGCGAAGAAGGGAGCGACGCCAAGCGAGUUCGCGCGGCGUUAGACAGUAGACUAUAUCGACGAACACAACGCCAUGAUGAACAUCUUCUCGCGCAAGAACAAGCUAGAGGACGAGCUAUUCAAUAUGAAGUUCACGGCCAAGACGCUUCUGCGCAACGCCAAGAAGUGCGAGAAGAACCAAGUGGCACAAAAGGCCAAACUCAAGAAGGCCAUCGAGCAGGGCAACAUGGAAGGCGCCAAAAUCUACGCACAGAACGUGAUCCGCGAGAAGAACCAGGCGCUGAGCUACUUGCAAUUGGCCUCGCGGAUGGACGCUGUGGCGGCGCGCGUGCAGACGGCCAUCAGCAUGGGCCAGCUCAAGGCCAAUAUGAGCGGCGUGGUUAAGGGCAUGGACACGGUCAUGGAGUCCAUGAACGUGGAGAAGAUCUCGCAGACCAUGGACCAGUUCGAGAAGCACUUUGAGGAUAUGGAUGUGCGCUCCGCCUACAUGGAGGGCGCCAUGAGCAGCGGCACAUCGCUCUCGACACCUGCCGACCAGGUGGACGACCUCAUUCAGAUGGUCGCGGACGAGAACGGGCUGAAGGUUGCAGGUCAGCUCGACUCGGCAGGCCAUGUGGGCACAGAGCUGCCCACCACAGAGGCUACACGAGAGAAGAAGUCGCAGGACGACCUCUCCAUGCGGCUAGCGGCACUGCGGAAGUAGUAUCAUUCCGGCACUACAAAAACCAACACAUUUCAUUACCAGUGGCUUGCGGAGACUAAUAGCAUCAAACUCCAAAGCUACUGGUGCCUAAUAUGCAUACAUACACGUAAGAUUACUUGGACAGUGUCGUCGGUAAUGCCUUAUGUUAGUUACCGUACAAAUUAUUCGCCGAUAGCAGAUUUUUAUCUAACUCGUUAAUAAACAGGUUAGGGGAAAUAUACCAAUACAAAUAACAAGUAAAGACGAUGCACUAAAACGACAGCCA